AUGGUCAUGGUCUGUGAAGGAUUUUAUAUCCCCGGCUGGAGUAUCAAAUCAUAUAAAGAUGGUGAAAAGGUCCCUCUAUUUGUCAACAAAGUGACCAGUGAUACUACACAAUUACCAUAUGCUUACUACGAUUUACCGUUUGUUUGCAAACCUUCAAAGGAUGCAGAGCGAGUACCUCUUAAUUUGGGUGAGGUUCUGUUAGGAGAUAGAAUCUGGGGCUCUGAUUACCAGAUCCACCAGGGUAAACAGGUAGACUGUGCCGAGCUUUGCACGGCCAAAGUCGAUAAAGCUGCCUUAGAGAGGGCUCAUGAGCUUGUUUCGUCUAAUUACUUGGUAGAGUGGAUUGUCGACAAUCUUCCAGGAGCUACUGCAUUCAUCUCAGUCGACAGAUCAAAACGAUACUACGCUAGUGGAUUUCCUCUUGGAGUUGUUGAUGAAACAACUGGUAAGACCUAUUUGAAUAAUCAUGUGAGCAUCAUAUUGAGAUACCGCGAGAGCUCUCGAGACAAGGGCCGCAAUGUGAUUGUUGGUUUCGAGGUUUACCCCAAGAGUGUGUCCACCGACAGCAAAAAGUGUCCUGGAAACAACGAUAAAUUCCAGCCAUAUCUGAUUGAUCCUGAAAAGGAGAAUGAUGAAAUCCGAUUCACAUAUACGGUUUUGUGGAGAGAAGACAAGACUGUAGAAUGGGCUGAUAGAUGGAGUCUGUACUUUAGUUAUUUGACUCACAGUAGCAAGGCUCCCAAGGUGAACUCCCUACAUUGGCUGGCAAUUGUCAACUCGUUGGUUAUCGCUUCAUUGCUCACUAUUCUCGUUGGAGUCGUUCUUGUCCGGACUCUUUCCCGAGAUAUUCAAAGCUACAAGAAGAUUUCGUCGAAGCAAGGAGAUGAUGAUCUAGUUGGCGAGCUAGACAAGGAUAUGUUAGAGGAGGAGUCAGGUUGGAAACUGGUAUAUGCUGAUGUAUUCAGACCACCUGUAUUGUCCAGCGUCCUGUCUUCAUUAAUUGGCUCUGGUAUUCAGAUCUUUGUUAUGGCCCUGGCAACUAUUGGUUUUGCUUGUUUUGGUGUGUUGAACCCUAGUUAUCGAGGUGGAUUGCUGAGUUAUGCUUUAUUUAUUUUUGCUUUCGCUGGAGGCUUCGCUGGUUUUGUCACUGCCCGUAUUAACAAGUACAUGGGUAAUGAAUAUCAUUGGUCUCGCAGUGUAUGGCUUACUGCAGUGUUGGCCCCUGCCUCGGUACUCAUCAUUGUCCUUACACUUAAUCUGUUUGUCUGGUCAAGUGCGUCAUCUUCUGCUUUGCCAUUUGGCACGAUCGUAGCUUUGUUCUCAAUCUGGCUUCUGAUCUCAUGCCCUCUGGUCGUCGUAGGUGCCAUCAUUGGCAACAAGCGCCAGGCUUCUCCUCCUCCAACUCGUAUUUCGGCCAUCCCAAGACAAAUUCCUAAUAAUGCCGGUUAUAACUUGGUAAGAAGUACUCCAUUUGCAGUUCUUGCUGGUGGACUACUACCUUUCGCUGUCAUUUUCGUGGAAUUGGUGACCAUUUUCCAGUCUCUGUGGCUCGAAAAGUCUGGAUAUUACUAUAUGUACGGAUUUUUUGGCGUUGUUUUCAUUGUCCUGGUCCUCACUGUUGUGGAGAUGUCGAUUCUCACCACAUACAUCCUCCUUAAUUCAGAAGACUACCGUUGGUGGUGGCGUUCAUUCCUUGUUGGAACUGGCUCUGCCUGGUGGGUAUUCCUUUACAGCAUAUACUACUAUUUCACCAAGCUCAAUGUUGACGGGUUUAUCUCUGCCCUUUUAUUCUUCGGCUAUACGCUAUUGGGAUGCCUGGCUUAUGGACUUGUCACAGGCGCCAUUGGUUUCUUAUCGUCGUAUGUUUUCGUCUUCCGCAUCUAUAAUGCAAUCAAAGCAGACUAA